AUGAACCUCAGAUUACUAAUGAUUAUGCUAUGAUUAGCUUGUGGAGUCAUCCAAGCCGACAUUUGUCAAGGCCAGCAAGGAAAUGAUACAGUUGAGUCAUUGUCUUAUGAAGGAAGUUUAAGAUAUACUAAAGCCAUUAUUGGAGAUCAAGGAAAUUUGUAUAUUUAUGGGACUAUUUCAGCUACGAAUAAACAUUCUGUUAUUCAAAAACUUGAUUCUUCAGGAAAUAUGGUCUAUGAUAAAAUAACCGAGUUUGAACCAUCUCCUAAGGCAUUUGAAGUGAGUAACAGUGAGACUUUUCUAUAUUCCUUCCUUCAUAUAUCUACAAGUGGAAUGGUGGUGGUUUAUGAUUGAAACACUGGAAAUAUCCAAGCUGCUGUCUUUGUUGGAGUAGCUCCUACGCCAGAUUCUAUAAUUGCGGAAGAUAGUAAUUCCCAAGUAGUUUAUUUUACAAAAGGAGGAUCUAGCGUAUCAAUUUACAGAACAUGUCCAUUACAAUCAUCUCGCGAUUGAUACACUGUUGCAGACUCCUUAACAAUCACAGGAAGUACAGGGUCUAUUGGAAUUUCAAGUUAUGCUAUUGAACCAAACUCUAUUCUCUUAGCGAGCUCAUUAAAUAUACAGCCAUCAUCGAAGUCUUUCAAAUAAAAUAGACUUUGCAGAUUCUAACUUUGAAGUAUGGGCUAAUGAAAUUGUUUGCCCAGAUAGUUUUUGAGGUUCAGAAGCCAUCAGUAUUCUUCCUGAUAGUACUCUGAACCUUUUCUAUAUUAUGAUGCAAUAUAAUUCAAAAAAUUUGUUUUUUAAGCUGUCAGAAACAGAUGGAGCUCUUGUUGGAACAAUGUAUUCUUCUCUUACAACUUCAAUUUGAUCUGGAGAUGUAUCUCUUAAUCGGAUUGGUAAUAAUUUAUAUCUAACCUCUUCGUGAGAUACAACAUACUUCACUAAGUAUGAUUUAGUGGGAGAUACCUUUGUUUCCACUUUCGAGCUCACAGAUUCUUCUAUCAUAGCCAAAAGCUACCUUAUAUCCUCAAAUCACCACACAAUCAUUGGAUAUUGGACUCCUUCAGGAGAAAGUGGCUAUAUCGGUAGUUUUUCAACUGUGGGAGACAUUACGCACCCUCAUUUUAAAAACUCUUCCAGCAUUUUCUCAGCAACUACAAGCUAUCCAAUUACUUCAGCUGCUAUUAACUGUAAGACUAUUUUUUUCUAUCUAAAAUUAAUUUUCAAUAUCUACCAACUGAGUAAAAAUGAUAUAGCUUUGACUAACCCAGGAAUGGGAACAAGCCUUUUUUCGAUUACUACAAAGACUAAACCUUACAAUUAUGAUAGGAUUUUAAUAAGUCAAGAUGCUAUUUCAAAGGAAGGUGUAAAUCCAGGAGACUCUAUUAAUGUGAAUUUAACUUGCACUUUAAGUACUAGUAUUGGAGUAACAUGAAAUCCAUCUGGUAUUGGUGGAGCAUCUCCUCCCUCAUGGGUAAAAAUAGAGUCCUCAACAUUGGUGAAGAUACUUGACAAAAUUGAUACUAAUGAUGCUGAAAAUACGUUCACAAUAGAUUGCUCUUUCGGCUCAUCAAUAUUCCAAACUCCUGCGAACUUAACUAUUAAUCAAACAUGAAGUGUACAAAAUUGUGAGAAAUGUAGCUCUAACUCAUCUUCAAUAUGCCAAACGUGCAAAUCAGGCUACAUUUUGUCAUCAAAAGGAAAAUUUUGAGAAUCGAAAAAUACUCAAGAAGUGUUGAUAGCAUCUCAAGUUCUCUUAGGGGCAGGAUUUAUAUCAAGCGUAUCAUCCCCCCAAGGAGCUUGGAGUAUGAUCAACCAGUUCCAGAUUCUGAUGCUGAUGCCUUUAACAGGCUCAUUUUUUCCCUCAGACGUGAUCAUGUUGCUGACAGGGAUGGAUUUCACCCUGAUCUCUUUUAGCUUCAUACCAAUCCCUCGUAUUCCAGGAAUCAGAGAAUUUCUGGAUCUUUACGAUUUUGAACAGAGGGAUGAGUAUAUCUAUGAAAUGGAUAUAAAAUCAGGAAGCACAUUUGUCAAUACCUUCAACUUAUUAGCAGUUUGAUGAAUUUUCUGUUGAGGACAUCUCUUAAUAGCCGCAUUCAAAUAUAUCUUGGGAAAAGAAAGAAGUUCAAGAUGGUAUUCAAAGCUGAUUAUUUGGGUAUAUGACAUAAUGACUUGCACUUUCUAUGUGAGAAUAUCCAUCGAAGCAUUCUUCUUAUUGGUCGUCUCAAGUUCAAGGGAGGUUUACUUAAUAUCCCAAGUCAGCACUUCUAAAGAAAUACUGUCAUGAAUUUUUAAUUUCCUUUUAAUCAUAAUCUGGAUAUCAUUUUACAUCCUUUGCUUCCACCAAUGGAGAAAGUCCAAGAGUGAGCUAAGGUUUACAAAAAUGUUUUAUUUUAGAGAAUUUUUCUCUGGAGUAAAACCUCACUUCAAAUACAGAGUAUAUUCAACUCUAUUUCUAAGCAAGAGGAUUGUACUGAUAGGACUGGUAAUAUUCAUGGAGAAGCUUCCCAUGAUUGCCAAAGCGAUUCUAUUUGUACUUGUACAGACUGUGUCAUUAGGGAUUAUCGUCUCACUCAGACCCUUUUCUGAUCUAAAAUAACAAUAUUAUUGAAAUAAUCAAUGAAAUUCAUCUUCUCAUAUGCUGAUCUGUCAUGCUGUAUUUUAACAAGGAGAGUCAUUGGAAUACGACAAAAACAGCAAUCUAUAUUUAUGUGCUCCUUUCAGAUAUAAUUAUAGUUUGAUUAAUAUCUUUUGUAUUUCUUGCAAAGAAAUUAUACUUAUUUUUGAAAAAAUGGAGCCAGAGAAAUAAAGUUCAGCCAAAGACAGUCAAGGAAAUAGAAAUGCCAAGAAUAUUGAGAGAAGUCAGAAAUGCUUCUGUAGCCUCAAAAGAACCAUGAUUUAUCAGACAAUCCAAUCCUACACAACAAAGAUCCUUACAAUCAAUGAAUGAAUUAAACAGAGAAUAUCAGAACAAAAAUCCCCAAUCUAAGCUUCAAAUAUCAAACAAAGCAGAGCACCAAUAAAGCCCUAAAACACCUUCCAACCCUCUAACUCUCCUUAUAACCCCUUA